UGGCGCAACGGAUUUAACGUUACUUCGCUACAUAAAUGUUCACUUCGAAAGGGAACUACCAUUAGUUUAUAUCUUAAUUCCAUAUUCACUAAAUCCAGAUUUCCGAAGGAAAGCCAUUUUUCCGAACCUUGCUUUUCCAGUUGAUAAUUAUGUAAAUUUUCAGGAAAAUGACCGUUCGGGAUAUCGAUAUUCGAGAUAA